GGCAUGGCCAUCUACUGGGCGUAGAGGAAGUGGAAAAAUAAGUUUCCGUAUCUCGAUGGUUUCACAGCUCUAUUUGUGAACACGUCAAGAGUUAACGUACAUAAGUCUGCAGCAUUGGACGGUAGAAGAUCGUGGAAAAGAUGGCGAAAGUCUACGCGUAAAGUUGCUCGUCAACAGAGUUGACAGAAACUAAUGAAAUCGGCUGAUGUCAAAUGUGACAGGCGUGAUGUACGAAAAAUGUUCACUCUAGUCCGCGCCGACCUGGUGCGUUUCGUGUGAUCUGGUGGAUUGCUUUGCACGAGCAUUCUAAAUUGAGUGCGAAAACGACGGGAGGAGAAAAAAAAAGGGGAACCAAGAGAUUUAAGUGGUUGCGAAACGUCACAGAUCACAACACGGAACGGGCUACUUCAAGGUGUACAAAUGAGUCAAAUAGAAAUGGAUCAAGAAACAGUGUACGGAACACACGAGGACAGCCAUGUGGUCAUGUCAGAAAAAGUGCAGACCCUGGCUGGCAGUAUUUAUCAAGAGUUUGAAAAAAUGAUCGCUCGUUAUGACGAAGAUGUGGUGAAAGAUUUAAUGCCACUCCUAGUCAAUGUUCUAGAAUGUCUAGACAUAUCUUAUACCGAAAAUCAGGAACGUGAGGUCGAAUUAGAAUUAUUAAGGGAAGACAAUGAGCAAUUGGUUACACAGUAUGAAAGAGAGAAACAAUUGAGGAAAACAUCUGAUCAGAAACUGCUUGAGCUUGAAGAUGCUGCGGAAGAUGAAAGGAAAGACCUUUUAUUAAAAAUUGAUAGCUUGGAAUCAAUAGUAAGGAUGUUGGAAUUGAAGACAAAGAAUUCACAUGAUCACGGUACAAAUGUCAAUGGCUCUACCAGUCCAUUCCUUCACAGAACAUCCCUCUACAUUGUUCGUCUUGAAGAAAAAGAGGCAGAAUUAAAACGAGAUUAUACCCGGCUGCAUGAAAGAUACACAGAGUUAUUUAAAACGCAUGUAGAUUAUAUGGAAAGAACGAAGAUGUUAGUUGGAAGCACGGAGAGAUUAGAAAAUGCGACUAGUGGUCGUGGUCCAUCCCGUUUACCAUCUCUUGGAAUGGCUCAUAUGUCUAGGAGUUCUGGACCAUUGAGUUAUGGUUUUCAGAGUUUAGAAGCUAGUAUGAAUGAGGAAGAAGUUCAAGAGGAAAGUCCGCCAAAUGCUGCUAACUUAAGAACUGAAAUGUUAGACAGCAGUAGUGAAGCUGCUAUAGAAACUUCUGAUAAAAGUCAAUUAACUGAUAAACCAGCACAAGAGAAUAAAACAACGGCAAUUUCUAGACGUGAAAGUCCAGAAACAGAAGCACCUCCAAUGUUAAUUACACCAACAUCACCGACAGUAGAGAAACUGGCUACAAUGCCAAGUGGAAGGAGUAGGACCGAAAGAGAACAACGAAGUGGCAAUACAUUAUACCAGGAACUCAGUUUUCAAGAUGCUGAUGCUUUGGGUGAAAUGGAUGAAGGAGCAGAUAUAACAGGUAGUUGGGUUCAUCCUGGAGAGUAUGCAUCGUCGGUCAGUGACAACUUCUUCGGAAUGGGUAAAGAAGUGGAGAAUCUUAUUAUGGAAAAUAAUGAACUUUUGGCCACAAAGAAUGCGCUUAACAUUGUUAAAGAUGACUUAAUUAUUAAAGUGGAUGAGCUUACAAGUGAACAAGAAAUAUUACGCGAAGAAGUUCGAGGUUUACAACAAGCUAGAGAACGUUUACGCCAAAAAGUUGUUGCCCUUGAAGAAGAAUUGAAGAAAGUUAAAGAAGAAGCCGAAGCAGCAGCGAAGGCGGCCAAAAGUGAUGAUGAGGAAGACGUACCUUUGGCACAAAGAAAAAGAUUUACCAGAGUGGAGAUGGCUAGGGUACUUAUGGAAAGAAAUCAGUACAAGGAACGUUUGAUGGAACUUCAGGAAGCAGUUAGAUGGACAGAAAUGAUAAGAGCUAGCAAGACUGAUCCUUCUAAUAUGUCGGGAGGAAAAGGUUCAGUGUGGAAGUUUUUUAGUAGUCUCUUUACAUCAACCGCGGACCGAGGGGCUUUGGUUCGAGGACCACACACAUUAUCUCAAAUUAGGUACAGCGCACCAACGAAUCAAGUUGUUCCAGUACCACCCUUGGACAGCAUGCGUAGACGUACGUUGAAAGGUCGCCAUGAGAUUUUCGACCAGGGAGACACCAUAUCUUCCGAAAAACUCGUAGCCAGACGCGCACAUGAACGAAGAGAGCAAUAUCGGCAAGUUCGCGCACACGUUAGAAAAGAAGAUGGUCGAUUGCAAGCUUAUGGAUGGAGUUUACCAGGAAAACCAAGCGCACCUGUUAGACAACCUGUUCCAGUGCCCGUUUAUUGUAGACCUUUACAGGAAUCAGAACCUGGCAUGAAGAUAUGGUGUGGUGCUGGUGUAAAUUUAAGUGGAGGUAAAACUCGUGACGGUGGUUGUAUGAUUGGAGGUAGUGUGUUCUAUGCAGCUGAAGCUCAAGAAGUAAGUACUAACUCAAAGAAUGAAGCUGAGGAUGCUGUUGAACAUUUGGAUAAAGAGCUUCAGGAAAAUGAAAAUCAGAGGUUGGAAGCAGAACGUUUAGAACAACAACUUAGCUCUUUAGUUUGGAUCUGUACAUCGACUCAGAAUAUCAGAAUGAUGGCUAAAGUGACUGUGAUAGACGCUAAUAAUCCAGCCGAAAUUUUGGAAGUUUUUAAUGUUUGCCAAGGACAUUUACUUUGCAUCGCGAGUGUACCUGGAGCCAAAGAGAGUGACUACGCUCAAUCAGCUAACGAAGACCCAGUUCGAACUGCCAAUGGAGUAAUGGAUGUCGACGACCAUGAGGUAGACGUUAGUGCAAAUGUUGAACAGAACAAUCAGAAAAUUAAGCAAGAAAUUCAGGAAUCUUCUGAGAAAAAAGAUUCAGAUAGUGCUUCUGAAGAAAAAAAUAACGAAAUUAUUGAAAAAUCUGAUGAUAGUAAUCAGAAUACUACAACCGAGCCACAAAGUUUGGAGAGUAUAGACAGUGAAACAAUAAAUCUCGGAAAAGUACAAUUUGUCAAAGCUAAUGUAGAAGUACCAACCAUACGAGCGGGAGAACAGGAAAGUAUGAACGAGGAGAACCAAACAAAAGAUCCUGAAGAAGAUACACCAAUGGAAAAAAUGUCUUCGAUACAACCAACUAUGUGGCUUGGAGCUCAAAACGGUGCAGUGUUUGUUCAUUCGGCUGUAGCUAAUUGGCCAGUCUGUUUACAUUCUGUAAAAUUGAAGGAUGCUGCACUGGCUAUUGUACAUGUUCAAGGCCGAGUUCUUGUCGCACUUGCUGAUGGAAGUGUAGCAUUAUUUAGAAGGGGUAUAGAUGGUCAAUGGGAUUUGUCUCAGUACCAUGUGAUUACUUUGGGUAAUCCACAGCAUUCAAUCAGGUGCAUGACCGCUGUUAGCGGCAAAACUGUAUGGUGCGGAUAUAGGAAUAAGAUUCAUGUAAUAGAUCCAGUUUCGAUGACCGUUGAGUGCACAGUAGACGCUCAUCCACGUCGAGAGUCACAAGUGAGACAAUUAGCUUGGUUGGGUGAAGGUGUAUGGGUCAGCAUUCGACUGGAUUCAACAUUGAGGCUCUAUCACGCGCAUACGUAUCAACAUCUCCAAGAUGUCGAUAUCGAACCUUAUGUUAGCAAAAUGCUUGGGACUGGAAAGCUUGGUUUUUCUUUUGUAAGAAUUACCGCAUUGCUCAUUUCCUCGAAUAGGUUGUGGAUUGGUACAGGAAAUGGAGUAAUAAUUUCAGUUCCUUUAUCUGAAAAUGCUGGUGGUUCAAUGGCAGUGUCUAGAAUUCAAGCUGUAAGUGGUAAAAAUGAUGCCCCAGGAGUUGGUGUUAGAAUUUUUGCAUCGGACCGAGGAGUUACACCUGGAAGUUUUAUACCAUAUUGUAGUAUGGCUCAUGCACAACUUAGCUUCCACGGACAUAGAGAUUCAGUGAAAAUGUUUGUAGCUGUACCUGGUCACGGUGGUCAAAGUGCAUUAUCAGAUGGUUCUCAACCAGCCAUGCUGGUCCUUUCAGGAGGCGAAGGCUACAUAGAUUUCAGAGUUGGUGAUGGAGAUGAAACAGAAGAGAGCAUUGAACGCUCCAACAGUGUUGUCACCGCGAAUGCUGAAGAACAUGGAGAACAGAGUCAUCUGAUCGUGUGGCAGGUACAAAGUCCUGUACCAGUGCCAAUAAACGGAUAAUUUAGAAACAUUGAAAGCGUGCUGAUCCCGGUGUAUGAUCCAGCUUUAACUUCUAUACACAAUUGAGGCAUCCGGAUGAUUCCCGUUGCGUGUUUUCCGAUCAUCGAGAAUACUAUUCACUUCUGAGUGAAAUGCGUCGAACUAAUGUUUCGUCUAUUCGGUUCCAUUAGCACUAGCAAUUGUAUCGAAUCAUUGCGAACGAAUCCCGUAAAAACGAAAAUGGAAGAAAUACAUUGUUUCAAAGUGCUAGGGGAUUGUUUUCGACGUUAAUUGCACGGAUAUCCGUGUGCCAAUAAGUUUCCUCAUAGUUUCUCGCGGUAUUCAAGGAGAAACUGAGUUCGUUAGACGAGGAAAGGUUUUUUUAAAUUAAAGAUGAUAAUUAGAAUCUCUUAACUCAAAGCUUAUAAUCCUUAGCUUCUAUUUAAAAUGCAUCUUUUAAAAAUACCUAUCGGCAUACGAAAUCUUUCUUGCGCAACGAUAACGUAAUCUAUCAACAAAAAUUAUUUUAACGAUCUUAUAUGCAUCGGUGCAUUGCUGAACAUACGGUUCUCUCAGUUUUAUUCGAAAAUAACUACGUCCAUGAGACGUACGUAUCGCGUCCUGUACCUAAAAGCUUCUGAAUCGUCACGAAGUCGAUCAUGAUUAAGUAAUGCAGAAAAUAAAUAGCGUUUAUAUUGCCGCCGGUCAAUGUGAUAACCGAUAAAGAUACGGGGCAAUAAAUUGUCGAUGCUGCCGUGACGUUUGCUAUCCUGACCGUUAAUAAUAUCUUGAGCACCAUCGAAAGGUGGAGAAGACUUUUUAUGUAGGGGUGCGAUAUGCAACUCGACUCGGACAGCGUUUAGGCAUAAUAUAUAUUGUACAUUGUUUCAGUUAGAGAAUAUAUUAUUUUCCAGACCUAAAUGGUUUAAUUCGCGUCCAGUAUAUACAUAUAUGAAAUGUAAUAUAUUUUUUAUGUUCUGCUAAUAAUCUGUAACAUCACGUGUGAAACACGUGCGCCAGCUUUCUUCGGACUUUAUCGACGGUCUCAGAGAAUGAAUUUUCAUUCGUGUACAUAAUUAAUCGUGAGAUGUUUAUAGCGCGUCGUGUAAACACUUUAAUUUAUAUAAUUCUCAAUUAAUUCACUCUAUUUUGUCGAUGAACGAAAUAGAGACUAUUCCACGGUGGUGCAGAGCACACGAUGAGGGUACGACUAUUUCUUGUCACUGACCGCUGCAACUUUACUUUCAUCGUCAACACGCAUAUAUACCCCCACCAACCCUUUUAACUACCAAAGACAAGAAACGACCUUUAAUUGUAUUCUUUGUACGAUUUUUAGCGAGGAUGGUUUUAAAGCUGUGUGUCUAGAACGAUGUCGUAGUGAAUUUUGACUAGAUACAGACUUCUUGCAUUCGGGAUUACAAGAAAGUCACCGACACAUUGGCUUACGAAAUUUUUGUAAAUUUCCUAUGUUAGCGUCGGAAUGAUGAUAUUCAAGGUGUGUGUACGAUGUGUAAGGGCUGCGCAUAUUAUUGUGCGAGCUCGCUUUUGGUGUCGAGCUCGGAAUUGUACCUGGCUCAGAUGAAGCUGCAAUGGCGUUAAUAAAGAAAGUUGCGAAACAA